AAGCUAAAAAAUAAAGUCUUAUAACAGCUCUCCAUUAUUGUCUUUCGUCUUUUUCCUAUAAAGCAUGAUGAAGCCACGUUCUUUCCCUACUUCUUGUUAUUGUCGCAGGUUCAAUGGACUUCUCUUCUUCUUGCUUUUGCCACUCCCAAAUCUCACUCAAGAUGAACUGCAGGGCACCAGCCUUGGUGUCAAAAGUCCCGCUGAAUACUGGGAGAAACCAGCCUGCCCCUCUUGCUCUUAGAGAAAUGAAGUCUGACCUUUUAAGUCAACGACUUGGUGGAUUCGCAACCAAGCUUAGCAGCAGAGGGAGUUCUCUGGGUGGAUCAAGAAUCAUUAUUCAUCUACAUCUUCAAACUCUUUCACAAAGAAAAAGCUCCAGGGUGUCUGCUUGCUGGUUGCCAAGUUCCGAAAUUGCAUCUACUGCUUUCACAGUGGGAACAGCAGCAGUUCUUCCGUUUUAUACCAUCAUGGUUGUGGCUCCUAAAGCUGAACUUACCAGAAAAGCGACGAAAAGCAGCAUACCCUAUAUUGUGCUCGGACUUCUGUACGCUUAUUUGUUAUGCCUCUCUUGGACACCAGAUACAAUUAGGCUGAUGUUUGCUAGUAAAUACUGGCUUCCGGAGCUGCCUGGUAUAGCCAAGAUGUUCUCCAACGAGGUGACGCUAGCUUCUGCAUGGAUUCACCUGUUGGCCGUAGAUCUUUUUGCUGCAAGGCAAGUCUAUCAUGAUGGGUUGCAGAAUGACAUUGAAACCCGCCAUUCCGUGUCUCUGUGCUUGCUGUUUUGCCCCGUUGGAAUUGUUACUCACUUCAUCACCAAAGCUCUAACUAGUAGCCCGGGAAAGAGAUAGCGUCGAACUCAUUAACCGAUGUUUUAGGCCUUUUUAUGUUAUCCAUAAAUGAUCAGCCAACGUGUUACUAUCAGCAAAGUGUAAAGGUUUUUUCAGGCAAUGAAAACAUAACAUGUUUCUGUAAUUUGUUUCUAAAAUGGAUGAAUGUACAAGAUUUCUUCCUUUA